AUGUUCUGCAGCUGCAGUGACACUGGAGGUAAUCCAGGGAAACUUUGAGCGAAGAAGCUUUUUCUGGUCUCCAUAUGUCAGCGGUGGAAUUAUGUGUACCGAAAUUAGAGUGCAAAUUUAAAUGAAACCUCUGAGCAAGUUCUGUGGGUUCUUGGCAGUGAGGGGGGAACACAACGGGAUCCUCGCACAUAUGCUGCACACAUCCUGAAGAAGCUCAGCAGGCUGCCAACACCAAAGUGUUCAUCACUCUCCUCCCACUCCUUUUCAUAGCACAGAAAAGGGAAAAAGUCCCCAAAGUGGCGAGCAAGCCCAACCAAUCGGUGACGGGGAUCAAAAAACAGACGUUCAAGGAGAAUGAAAUGCCCCCAUUGAUUGGCCGUGGAGCUUUGGUCUCCCCUGCAAAGUCCUCCAAUCGAUACCGGUGA